CGCCAUCACGCCAAUUAUCACCAGUGUCGACCGUUAUGGCGUUGUAGUACACUCGUCCGCGUCAACUAACCAGCGUCAAUAUGCAUCAUUCGCUUCGUGAUUAAUAUUUUAUAAUACCUUUGAAAGACCCAUUGAGUGGGUUAUUCGUACUCUCUCUCUCUCUCUCUCUCUCUCUUUAAAAGCGAAUUUUUACUUACCUACGCGCCGUCGAAUUCAUGGCGACACCAGGAACAACACCAGCCUUAUUGGCUGCAUUUUUUUUCGGUAUUUUGUUUAACGCGGCGUCUGCUGGUUUGGUUUUAUAUGCUGUAGGCCAUGGCUCAGCAAUCUUUCGGGACGGCCUGAGGCUGGUCCUCACACUGUUCCUGACUUCUUCCGCCGCCUGGGCUCUGGUCGAAUUUUUGGCUACCAUUAUCGAGCCGACUGCGGCGUCCACGUGCCAGGUUGCGGUUGUGUUUUCGUCGAUCUUCGAUCAGAUGGGAAGGGUGUUUGCCGGGCAAUACUUGGUUUGGGCAGCGCGAGCGGAAAAGAAAUCAAUUCCGAAUAUAGUAUCGCAAGUCCUCAUUCUCGUUCGGUUCGGUGUUGGCAUGGCAUUUAUUGGACUGGCACGAAGCGAGUUCAACCCCACAUGCGUGCCCGUUUCUAGCGUUCCGCCUAUUGCUAUUAUCAUUAUCGUACUAGAUGCCAUCAUUCUUUCUCUUGUGGCUGUUCAAAUCUUAUCGAGUACAUCAUUGAAUGUUGUCUCCAAUGAUCAACACGCCCCCGUCGGGAAGAAAAGCGUUACCUCGGUCACAAUUGGGUUCGCGAUUUGGAUAGGGACGAGCGUAGUCCUUCUACUAGGCGCGAGGACUACGGAUUUGGUACUCAGGACGACAUUGCCUGCCGUUGGUCUAGCAAUCUUAGUCGCAUUAGUUACCGUACUCUCAGGAUCACUUGUUGUCCCUCGUGGUCCGCCCUUACGACGACUAGAUUCUCCAACUACCCGAGACGUUGGUAGGGAUCGGUAUUUGCCGUCCUCAGAUUCCGCAGACUAUCCCCCGUCUCGAUACGAGGAUGUUAAAGGCAUAAAUACAACUGUUAUGGCAACAUACAUCUCUCGAAAUGAUGUUUCUGGAAUUAGUGGACUUGGUAACUCGAAGAAAAAUAUUAAGGAGAAGGCCUGGAGUAAGGCCACAGGGGGCAAGCUCAUAAUUUCGAAGCCGGUUCUUAUAUCACAAGAAGGCAUGGAAAAUCCUCUUGACAGGAUACCGACAGUCGAUCUUGCUACGGCCGCUAAUAAUGAAAAAGAGCGGCGGGGAAAGCUACUGCAGCGUGAGCCAACUCUUAUUGCAUCGCGACCAGCCCCUCAGCCGCCUAGCGCUUCGGAACGAGGCGAGUUGCUUGCUAGGGAACGAAGUCUAAAACGUAAGGAGGUCCAAUCAUCGUCUUUAGCGCAGCUGGAGAGGACUACCUCGACCAAGACGUCUGAGACAUCGGCGGGACUGUCUGUCGAGGCAAAUGCGUCUUCUACUUCUUCGGAAUUAUCUCCUGGGACUGAACAGGUAAGGCGGAGAUCCCCGAGGUAUCCCCAAGAACCGUCAAUGCCAACAACCUUCCAACCAAUUCGACCUGGCGAGCCGAUUCGUAUACCUAUUCCACGGCCCCGGGAUCCAUCCCCAUCGCCAAAGGACUCUGAGCCAGUAAAGACACCGCUCCAGCGACGACCCACGACAGGACUUCCGUCGAAUCCCCGGGCCCAAGCGAUGAGGCCAAUCGCGAAGGAGGCUAGUAGUCAACGACAGGAGACUGUAAUGUUUGUCAAUAACAUUGUCUAUGACGAUCCAAAUUUCGUCAGCAAUAUCGUCCAAGGGGCUUCAAAAACGCCGAAACCCUCCCUAAACUCUCCAGAUUCGAUUGUCAACCGUCCACGUCCGAUCCCUAGAAAAGGAGAUAAUGACCGUCAAGUUUUUCCUGCCGAGGUUUCACCUACUCAGGGACAUAGACGUUCGAAAUCAAGUGGCUCGAUUAUCGCGAGAAAAUCGAUCCUGACGUCUGUACCGGGAAGCCCUACCCAGCUGCCACCUUUGCCACCUCCGCCGAAAAGUGCCGGUAACUUGUCUCGUCCUCAGCUCAAUCACACGAAGAGCAUGUCGCUCGACGAGAAAAUGGACUUGCUGUAUACCACACCUCUUAGAGCUCCAUCGAAACAGAAGUCGAUGGUCCCCGAGAUACCACCAUUGCCGACGGUGUAUGCGGUGGGCACGCAAGGGCCAAAUACUGAGAGUGUUUCUGACCGCGGAGUCCAAGAUGGCUAUCGACUAUCUAAGGCAACUGACAAGAGUUCAACGCGAACCACCAGUAUCCUCGGCAUCGACGAUAUUCCGCAAGAUGACUUACAGAGGGCUGGCAGCUCUCCCAAUGUAGUUGAUAAGUCGGGUCAGUUCCGGCAGCCGAGAAUAUCUGUCGAAAACGAAAGCAAACCACGCCUAUCCGAUGCUAAGAUGAAUAGAAGAUCGUCACCUGUCAUCCCGGUAGAAGGUCAAUUCAGUAUGCCGUCUUCGAAGGAUGAAAGCAAGGAGCGAGAUGGAUAUGCCAGCACUAUCUGGGGCUCCGUGCAUUCUCCUAUUGCUGCUGUUAAUAUUCAGCAGUCUAGGCAGAAUGCCCAUUCAACGUAUAUUCAAAAAGACACUCGAGCCCUCGGAAAACAGAAGAAAUAUAGUAGCUCUAUCAAGGAAGCGACUAUCGAGCAAUCUAACGCGGGCAGUUUCCAUCGUCGGGUUGGCGAGGAAUGCCCGUCUUUCUCUAAUAGAAAGGGCAAGGGUCGAUUAAGAAAGAUGCCUCCACCAGCGCCUCUGAUUCUUAACGGGAGAUAUAACAACAGGACAAUCCUAGUUCAACCUGCAGAACCCUCGCCACUCGAGUCGCCCGAAGCCGCGUAUCAGAUGAUUCAAACUCAGCUCCGACGUUUCGAGCAACCAAACCCGGAUUCCGUGGGCAGCGAGGGACAGCGGCUGAUACUACUAGAGAACCUGGAGAAAGAGAUGAGUCAACUUGAAAAUCAAUGGCAGCACUCACAAAACCUUCUUCAGCGUAAUUCCAUAUCGAGUAUCAAAACUUCUCCGGCGAAAGAUUCCCGCCCUCCUUCAACGAUAGCCGAACGCAGGGCAUCGCGAAAUGCGGCUAUACGAAUUGGAAUUAUGCGAUCUAAAGGCGAAGGUACUACGAGCACACACCCGUCUCAGACUUCCGGGCUAAGUUCCGAAAACACUUGCACCAGCCAGGGGCAAGCUCGUUUUGCCGAUGCUCAGGCGGAAGAUAUGACGAACACGCCCAACUUGAUUAUGAGGCAUAACAAUCUUAACUUCCUUUCUGUCUCUAAAGCUGCACUAGGUAGCCCGAGCCCACCUGAUACCGAAGAAUCUGAAUACGAGAAUAGAUUACCCAGUAGCAUACAACCGCUUGGCCCAAGGCUAUCUACGCAGUUGGACAAAACUUACCAACUUUGGAAACCUCAAUGCCCCGUCCAGAACUCGAACAAUUCAGGUCUCUGGGUGGGAGUAGCGAAGCAGCGUCAGACAACUAGUAAGAGUCUGGAGCUUCCAAGCCUGCCUCCGCGUCCGGCAACUAGAAAACCAUUGGCCCCAUUAACCAUAGAAAGCUCUAGACUAUGGCAAAAGACUUCUAAGAGCAGCAACACGAUAAUUGGCAAUGGCCUUUGGGAGAAGUGCAUUCCGUCGCACGAUUCCGAACCAAGCAGGGCUGUUUCUCGUCCGGUCACCGUUCGCCCUCCUCGAAGGAACAAGCGCGUGUCUCUCCUACCUGAUAUUUUAGAGAACCCUGAGCCCUUGCCUGAUAGGCGUGGCACUUUAGGUCUAUUUCAAUUCCCUUGGGGCGAGAAGAGCGAGAAUGCCAGCAUUCAACUUCCGCCACCUCCCCGUAUGUAUACGGCCAUGCCAGGAACUAUGACUACAGGAGCCCCGGCCGGGAAUGUCUUCUUGAACCUCAGGUCAAGUCAGCCCGAAGACAAUGAAUUUACGACGUCCUUCUUUGAUGACUAUGAAGCUGAGGAAGAGGGCGACGAUAACUUGGACAACUUUAAUGACUUCUCAGAUAGCGAUGGAGAUGAUUUCGACGAAAGCACUCUGUGGGAGAUUGCAAGCUUACUCAGGACCGAGGUGCCCUCAAGGGAUAGCUUACUUCUUGUUUCACAAUACACUUCGCCACCCGCCAACUCUCCCACGUUUUCCCACGAUGUCAUCGAUAUGCUAGUUGAUAAUUAUAAUGACAAUGGCAUGGUCCUAGAAGACCCAAUACUGCUGGAUCGGUCUUACAACUCAGCCCCUGAGUCUAUUUCCACCCAGGGCUUGCUGUGGUCAGCCCGGUCAGAGCCCCCCCAAAACCAUCGCGCUCUUGGCUUGCCCCAGCCAGACUUGGCAAUCUGGGAAAGUUAUAGAACAGAAACUAGGGAAAAGGCUAAACCUAACCGCCGCGUCGAAGAUGUCAUGUCUAUCCGAAGUAUGAACUUAUGGGAACCAAGGACUGAGGAUGGCAAUCACAGUACUAGUUCACUCUGGAGUGCGUCAAAAUCACAUGCUUUACUAGAUAUCUCUUCGCAAACAAUAAAGACAGAUGCGCCUACUCAGCCGGUAUCUCUAUGGGUGCAACCGGUCGCUAGUGUAGCUUCGGAAGCCCGGGGCUUGUUCGACAUUAGCCAGCCGAGGGAGGACUAUCGAAGAAGCUCAAAGGAGCCUGCUGCUCUUUUCAUGAAGAAGAAGCCUCGUACAGUUGAAAUGUCACUAGGAAAGCUAGCAUCUAAAAGUCUCUGGGGAACCAAUGACACUGCUGCCCCAUUGUUGCUUCUUUGGCAGAAACCGGCUAUGACUCCUAUGUCUGAGCAUAAUGGUUUGUUUGACAGCAAUGCGGCUAGAUCUGACUACCGCAGGACUGCCAAAGAACCGGCUGCUAUUUCUAUGAAAAUAACACCUCGUCUGAUUAGGGAACCGCUAGUGAGCCUUCAGACAAGAGAUCUUUGGUCUAGGGAAAGCAGUGCGUCGCAGCCGAUUCGUGGUGCUGAGAUGUUCUUGUCUAAGAAUUCCGCCACGAAAGCUUUGCAGCCAAGUGAGAAGGGGACCAUGCCUAAGAUACAGAAAGUGUUAUUGUGGGAGAAGCCAAUGAGGCAUGAAGCAUCAGAGCACGGAGGUCUAUUUGAUAUUAGUGCUGUAAGAUACGAUUACCGGAGGACCUCUAGUGCCCCAGCUGCCAUUGCGAUAUCAAAGAAGUCUCGUCCCAACAAGGAACCCUUACCUUCUAUCACAUCGACUAGUCUCUGGACUGGAGAGGUCGCGGCCCGUACCUUUGAGCCCCGUGUAUUUUCAAAGAUAUCGUUACCAAGUCGUGAGAAUCUAUUGUGGGAACACCCUAUCCUGCCCGCCAUCAUGUCGAAUUACGAAGGUUUAUUUGAUGUGAAUGUUGUUAGAAUAGAUUACCGUAGGACCUCCAAGCUUCCGGCUGCGAUCAGUAUGGCGCGAAGGCCUCGCAAAGGAGAAGAAUCUCCUACGGCUCUAACAAGCACGAAGCUCUGGGAGAUGUCGACCAAGUCACGCCACACUUCUACCAGCUCGAUUUCCCUAUGGAGUAAAGCCAGCGUAUUAACAUCCUUCACAUCUGGCUUGUUCCAAUUGGACCCUACUCGCAAAACCUUUCGAACUACUUCCGCAGAACCUGCUGCUCUUCAAAUGAACCGAAAACCCCGCUUCGCUAACGGACCCCUACCGAUCAUCGAGUCGACUCGUCUGUGGACUAACGAUCAAAUCACUUCGGUUGAGCUAGAUUGGAUAAUAAUUUCAUCUGUUCGACCGAGCGGUCCAUCUGUCAUUUCUGUAUCUACAAUAGAAUCGUUGCCCACAUCUCCUAUGACCGAAUCAUCAUCAGUCAAAACUGGCGCCACCCAAGCAUCUUCGGCCAAGGACACUGGCAGUCCCCUCCGUCAGUUAUCUCGUCCUAACAUCGUGUAUCCCGUGGACUGGGAUAGCGCUCUACAAGAAGCCAUUGUAGAUAGUUCCCCUAGUUCUAUGGCUGCUUUGAGAGCUUCUUACCCUCGGAACUGGGACGUUGAACUUCAAGCAGCGAUCCAGGCAAGCCACGUAUCCCCUAAAAUUGUCCGUAAAGCUGCAUCCCCUCGCGACUGGUCUAAUGCACUCCACGCCGCGAUCAUUUCUUCAUACCCUGAGAUUAGGUUCUCACGUGGUCAAGCUUUGCCAUCAAAAUGGAAUACCGCACUUCAAGAUGCCAUUGCCAGAAGCCCGCCACCCCAGACAGAUUCAACUGCCAUGCUGCUCUGGGAGAAGCCGGUUACGAAAAUGACCCCUGCUACGAAUAGUCUAUGGUCCCCUGAGCUCAUCGACGAGACGGCAUCUCGCUUCGAGGCUCGCAUUGAGACGAUGCGACAUGGUCCGCGCAAAUUUAACAAAACUUCUCAGAGGUCCGCCUCCGAUAUCGAACCUGACUUCAGCAAGCAAGAGAUGUGGAGGCGUGACAAUAACAUCAACGACCAAGGGAGGGAUUGGUUAGAGGGUUCGAUGAGGAAGCGUUUCACGCGCGUCGAACUAUGAUACUGAAAGAGUUUCGAAAGGGUUGGUUUCAAGGAUCGUCACAUUAGGUAGGAACAGAUAUUAUUAUAUACCCCUUCAUAUUGCAAAACAUCUAAUAAUUAGCGGAGAACCGCAUUUCAUUUAUAUCAUUCUUUUAGCUUUUAUUUUGCCGUGU